GUGGAGACAUAUUAGAAAAGGUGUGCAAGCAACCAAAGUGCGCUUUUUAGCAUCUGCCUUCCUCCUCAGAAUCGCAAAUCAUUGUUAUUAUUUGUUCAAUUUCCCACCCUUCAUCAUCACCUACUUGCUCUCUCAUUUGCUGUAAAAUACUCACCCAACCUCUCCAACAUCCUCUCUCUCUCUCUCUAAAAUCACCAUUGCUAUUCCUCUUCCAAAUCUUUCUCAUCAAAAUUCAGAAAACACAGCUUUAAUUGUAAAAGCUCAGUUCAAUUCAGAAGCAUUAGCUAUUUCUUCAUCAGCUGAAUGCGAAGAGAUUUGCAGAAAUUGUACGGUCAGAAGGGUUUUUGUUUUUGUUGUUUAAGCAAUAUAUAUAUAUAUACACACACACUUAUUUAUCUAUAUAUAUUGUGAUCCUUCUUCUGCUUCUCGGUGUUUUCUGAGAGAUUGAGAAACGACGCCGGCCGGAAAGUGUGGACGGAGGAAAAGUCAGCGUUGCGCACGUGAGGUGGCACGUGACCUGUUGGACUUUUGGGGUGUGUUAGUUUUAUUUGGUUUGGUUGGGUUGGGGUGUCGGGAGGUCCGUGAAGAAUGCCUCACAGAACGACUUACUUCUUCCCGAGGCAAUUCCCGGAUCGAAGGUUCGAUUCGUCGUCCAAACAGCUGUUGCAAGAAGAUCAUCACGAUCACGAGAAAGUAACCAAAGACAGCGACACUGCCACUACCACCACCACCACAACUGCGGCCAGAGAUAGAGAUGAUUACCAACAAAAGGUGCCCAAAACCGCCACCAGCAACUUGGACAAAUCCUCAGCCACUACCACUUCUUCUCUGUCUUCCGAUGUUCAGUACUUCACGGGCCACAUCGAUGAAAGGAAGCCACCGCAGUUGGCCGACUUUCUCAACUGGUUCCUUCAUGACAAGAAGGGGACCAGUACUCGAUCCAAACCAUCGAGUAGUGGCCACCGUCCUCGUCGCGUUAGGGUAACAGGGAGGUUGUCCUCUUCGUGCCACCUUGUUGACGAGGAUCGCGAGCUGUUGCUGCCUCGUCGUCAUCAUCAUCAUGAUGAUGAUCACGAUAAUCAUGUGGCUGAGGCUGGCCCACCGCAGAUGGCGCCGGAGUCCACCACGACUGCUAUGCUCAAAGACCGGAGUGUUGACCAGAGCUUUGACCGGCAGGUGUCCCUGCCGAGGGUUUCGAGCGGGAGUAGCUACGCAGGGAGCUUGUUCUCAGGAACGACGACGUUGGAUGGGAACUUCUCUGGGGAUGUUAAGGACUCGUCAGCGACGACGAGGCAUUUGGAAGUGGAGGAAGAGGAGGUGGAACAGGAGAGUGCUAAAGUGAGCUUGUCUCAGAGGUCUAAGCAAAGUUAUCAUUUGCAGCUUCUUUUGGCCAAGAGGCUUUGUUCUCAAGCUACUCUUGGUGCUGAAACAAUGCUUUUGCACGAGACUACUACUCAACUUGAGGUUACUGAUGCUGAGACGGUGUCGUAUCGGCUCUGGAAAUUGGCAGACCACAUAGGUUUGCCUUGUCGCAUAGCUCGUGGUUGCAAGUAUUGUGUGGCAGAUCACCGGUCCUCUUGUCUUGUUAAAAUUGAAGAUAACAGGAAGGUUUUGAGGGAAUAUGUGGUUGACCUAGUUGGGGAACCAGGAAACCUUCAUGGUCCAGACUCCUCGAUUAACGGAGGAACUCUUUCUUCUAUACCUUCACCACUUCAAAUUUCUCAUCUAAAAGAAUCCAAACAACCUUACAGGGAUAGUGAAUUAUAUUGCCAAAUCACAAACUCAAAGCACACGGGUGCUCCUCCUGAAGAUCCCUUUUAUGCAGGCGGUGGGGAGGGAGGUCAAAUCAUCAAGGAAACCAGUUUGCUUCCAGGUGAUCAAACUAGAUUUGGGUUGGAAUCUUCUCUGAUGCGAUUGGAAUUGACAGGAAACGCUCCGCAUUGCCUUGUUCAGAGUGACAUCCCACCUUGUGUCCAGGGUGAUGCUUCGGAAGCUCUUGAUGUUACUGCUACUACUGCUGUGGCAUCAUUAGAGGAAUGUGCUAGACUUAGCGAAGAAAAUGUUGUUGUACAACAAGCUUACAGAAAGGAGAUUGUUGUAUCAAGAAAUCAGGUUAUAAGCAACAGUGUUGAGCAACCUAAAGUAACUUUGUACAGCCAAUCAGAUCUAGAGGGCGUUCAUAGUGAACUUGUGAAACAAGGUAGAAUUACUGCUGUGACUACCCCAAGGUACUUGAAUCUUGAACCGUCUCUCGCAAUGGACUGGCUUGAGAUCUCAUGGGACGAGUUGAAUAUCAAAGAGCGUGUUGGUGCUGGCUCAUUUGGGACAGUGCAUCGUGCUGAAUGGAAUGGAUCGGAUGUUGCUGUUAAGGUUCUAACUGUUCAGGAUUUCCAUGAUGAUCAAUUGAAAGACUUUUUACGAGAGGUUGCAAUUAUGAAACGUGUUCGUCAUCCAAACGUAGUUCUUUUCAUGGGUGCGGUUACAAAGCGUCCUCAUCUAUCUAUAGUGACUGAAUAUCUGCCAAGGGGUAGUCUUUAUCGCCUCAUUCACAGGCCAGCUUCCGGGGAACUUAUGGAUCAGAGGAGGCGGUUGCGAAUGGCACUAGAUGUGGCCAAGGGUAUCAAUUACCUCCAUUGUCUUAACCCUCCUAUUGUCCAUUGGGAUCUUAAGUCUCCAAAUUUGUUGGUUGAUAAAAAUUGGACAGCGAAGGUAUGCGAUUUUGGGUUGUCCAGAUUUAAGGCGAACACUUUCAUAUCAUCCAAGUCCGUUGCUGGAACACCUGAGUGGAUGGCUCCAGAAUUCCUUCGCGGAGAGCCCUCAAAUGAGAAGUCUGAUGUUUACAGUUUCGGAGUGAUCCUAUGGGAACUUGUAACCAUGGAACAACCUUGGAACGGUCUUAGCCCCGCCCAGGUAGUUGGAGCCGUUGCUUUCCAGAACAGAAGGCUUGCUAUCCCGGCUAAUACUCCCCCAGUGUUGGCUUCGCUUAUGGAAUCCUGCUGGGCUGAUGAUCCAGCCCAGCGCCCGUCUUUUGCUAGCAUAGUUGAGUCGCUAAAGAGGUUGCUAAAGUCUCCUCUGCAGUUGGUACCGGUGGGCGGAACAUCCCCCUCUGCCCGGACCUGAGACCGUUAUACCUGAGACCGUUAUACUUCGGCAGUCGAAUUUCUACAACUGACCGAGCUUCUUUGGUUCUUGGCAAUUAUAUAUACUCGUUUCUUGCUUAACCCGAUGACCGUCAAAUAAGCCGAAGUUAAAUACAUUUCCUUCCGCGUUAAUUUGAGUUUCUAGUGCCAGUAUAGCAUAUGGUUUAACAAUGUACCCGAAAUAUCAAAGGGUAUAUUGUGCUGAAGGAAAGGAAGAGGGAUUUACUAGAUAAAUUAUCAAAGCGUGCUUUUGAUGUAUUAUUAUUAUCCAAAUUAAUCCGUCCUCCUUCCUUUUAUUCAUGUUUUUAUUGGUUCAUAUUUUAGCUAUGUUUAUAUGAAUCAAAGAAACUGACGGUUAUCCUGUCAAAAUAAAAAGAGAAUGUGAGCUACAAAUUACUCACAUGGUAA